GCUCGAUUCAUCUACGCCCCUCUAGAUUAGGGUUUCUCACAUCUUCACCUUCCUCUUCCUUUCCUCGGUUGCGCCUCUCUCUGCCUCUCCAUCUGCAUCUCCCUCUCACAUCUAGGGUUUUGGGGUUUUCCGACUCUAGGGCUUCGAUCGAGAGAUGGGGCGAGAACCUCAGCAGCAGCAGCAGCAGCAGCAGCAGCAGGGCUCCUUCUCCGUGGAGGAGCUCGUCAAUGUGAACCCCUACAACCCCGAUCUCCUUACCGAUCUCGAGAACUUCGUCAACGAACAGGUUUCAUCUCAAACAUACAAUUUGGAUGCGAAUCUUUGCCUUCUCCGACUAUACCAAUUUGAGCCAGCUCGGAUGAGCAUACCCAUUGUGGCCCGUAUAUUGAUCAAGGCUCUCAUGGCAAUGCCAGCGCCAGACUUUAGCCUCUGCCUGUUCUUAAUUCCUGAACAAGUGCAAAUGGAGGAGCAGUUCAAAACACUGAUUGUUCUCUCUCACUAUUUGGAGACUGCCAGGUUCCGUCAGUUUUGGGAUGAAGCGGCAAAGAACCGCAGCAUACUGGAAGUUGUUCCUGGUUUUGAGCAAGCAAUCCAAGCGUAUGCAAUUCAUGUUCUGUCCUUGACAUACCAAAAAGUACCUAGGCCUGUUCUUGCAGAGGCUAUUAACAUUGAAGGUCUCUCCCUCGACAAGUUCCUCGAGUACCACAUCAAUAACUCAGGCUGGGUCAUUGAGAAGAGCCACGGCCGUUCGCAGGUGAUCGUCCUACCGCGCAGUGAGUUCAACCACCCGGAGCUGAAGAAGAAUACGGCGGACAGUGUGCCGUUCGAACAUGUUACCCGCAUUUUCCCCGUCCUAAGCUGAAUCAUUAGAAGUAUAGAACAGCGUUUCUUGUUGUCGGACUCUGAUCAUUCGUAUUGCUUCUUAUAGAUUGCCAUCCCUGAAGUUUUGAUGAUAUAUUGUCGGUUUAUGGUGAAUUUAUGAGCAAAGUUGUUCAGCAGAGUGGAAUCUUGUUUUCAGUUUAUGGUGCAGUUUUUGUUUCUGUUAAUAAUCUUUUAAAAUGAUUAGCCUGAUCCAUUUGCCAA